GCACAGCAGACUCUGAGAGAGUCCUGAAAGAAUGAGUGAAUGUACAUUGGCCUCUUGGCCAUGCCACAGAUGCUGCUGUACAGUGCCCCUGCAAGCUGAAUCUAGUCACAGAAAUGUCAUAGUUAAUCCCAGUUCCAUCUGCAGUGGCUGCUUGCUAGUGCAUCCUUCAUAUGGCAUUAGCUCACUUCUAACAACAAGGUGUUUGUGUCACAGCUACUGUCCCUUUCUCCUUGAUGCAAAACGUAGGACAGGACAGAAUUUGGAGAGGUCACUGGAUGCUGGUAGUCCUGUGCUGGCGAAAAAAGGAACUGACUGUUAUUAUUACCAAGGAACAAUCAUAAAAGAUUUAGAGGAAGCUGAGCAAAGAUCAUUUCUGGUACAGUUUGCAGAGGGGCAAGACACACCUUCUUUGCAAAAAGCAGCCAGCAGUGAUAUCCUUGAAUGUGUGAAUGGAAUGAGACAUUCUAUUCUGCCUGGUGAUAAAGUGAUGGCCCCCUGGGAACCAGAGCAGAAGAGGUAUGGCCCAGGAACUGUCCUCCAGGGCAUGGAGACCAGAGAUCCUCUGCGAGAAAAAGAAGAUGAGGAAAUUACAGUCAGCUUUUGGAAUGGCAAGAAAGCCAAAGUUCCAUUAGGUCUCGCUUUGUGGAUUUCUCCAGCGCAGUGGAAGAGAAUUGUAGAGAGGAUCCAUUUGCCCUACACAAGCAGGAAGCAGUUGGAGGGGCAGGUUCACAGGCCUGGCUACUACAACUGUUCACAUGAAACUAUUCCAACUAUUCCAACAUGCACUUUGGGUGAUUUCCAGAGGUGUUGGUGCAGACGUUGCUGUUUUAUCCAUCCUUGCUUUAGUGGUUUCCAUCACACAUGCUCAUUGCUUGGACACAGGCAAUGUGUCUCCUACUGUGGCCACUGCUGCUCUAAAUACAGUGGCUGUUGGACACGGCCCUCUUUAGCAGAAUUAACCUCUGGAUAUUUAAGAAAAAAAUUCACUAGUAAGCCUACAACGCCAUUCUUAGCAAUAGAAGCCUCUCCCGAAGUAGAACAUGCUGCUAUGCUAUCCAGCUCUUCCUCAUCCUCCUCAGAGUCUCAUUGUGAAAGGGAAAAAAGUAGCACCAAGAGUACAAUGAUAGAUCAAGCAGUGAACACAGAUUCUAGUCUUUUUAAAAAUCCCACCUUACAGGAAACCAGAAGACCAGAGUGGAAGUACUGGAAGAGAAGUCAACCCACCUUUGUUUAUAAAAGCCAAGGAGCCAACAUUGUCAGUAGCAGCUGCAGAAAAGAAAGAGCUGACAACAAAGCCAUUUCAUCCACAGAUGGAUUUCCACCAAUUCUGUACAACCACAGUGCUAUAUUUGAAACCAUUGAAGAGUCUCGUCAAAGGCAUCUUUCGAUGAAGAAAAUCUUGAGCCAUGGAAUUACUAGCUCAUCAUGGGGAGGUUAAUUAUGUAUAGAAUUGCUAUUCCCCCCCUUUCUGUCAGGGUUCAAGAUGUCACUAAACAAUAGCACUCUUUACAAGAUUCUCUUAGCUAUUUCAUAAGUUCUGGUUGCCAUACUAUCGAACUCCUGAACAGCACCAGGAUAAAGUAAUUUUGAAGAAACUGUUUUUUUAAGUUUGAGACUAGUCAUGCCACAACAAAAAGAAUGAAAGGGAAUCAGGCUUUGUACUAAACAUUAGAUGCUGAUGAGUAUAAUGGAUUUAGUCAUUUCCCUUUAGCCAGAAUGUACUGUUUGUUCUGACUACAAAGAAGCAAAAUAAAAUUACUUUUCCAGAAUUUUAGGCAAACAAAACACAGUGCAGAAUCAAGUGUUCAUAAGAAUGUAAUAUCUUUCUCACAAUUUAUUAGGUAAAAAGAAUCACAUAGUGCAAAAGUAAAAAAAUACAUUCAUGAUUCAAACUGCAGUAAAUGUUAAUCAAGUUCAAGCUAUAACAGUUAAAAAGGAAGGUAGAGCAGAAUACUCAACAAAAGGAUAAAUAUCUUAGGUAUGAAAAGAUGACACUUCAGACACUGAAAUUGAUUUUAAUUGUCGUUAGCAGGAGAUAAAUGAAAAACCAGAUUUACACUUUCCCCUGGCUGAACAUUUACUAGGUGUGCUUCUUUGACUGUGUCAUCAUAUGAAGUUGUGUUGAUUAUGUAUGAGCCAGGUGACACUUCGAUGAGGAUUUCCUGCAAUGAACAAAAAAAAAACCCCUUCGAUUUUAAAACACAAGAACAAACUUCUGCAUCAGGAGGAUAUUAUUCCUAACAAAGAAAUGAAUUAAGUUUAGUAGCAUUGCGUGAAAAAGAAUUUAGUCUAUUGAUCAAUCUAUCUGAGCUGAAAUAUAUUUUGUAACAGUUCAUCAGAGAUUAAGGCAGUAAUUUUCCUGGCAUUGUUGAGUUUUCAGUCCCAAAUCUAGUAUGUUAUAUCCCAAUCUGUUGUGUCACUGGGGUACCCAUAAAGAUUACAUGUUUUUUUCAAUAAAUCUUUCAAUCUGUAUGCUUUAUAGCAUGAUAUGUAGACCU